AUGGUGUUCUACCCCCGCAGGGUUGACCUGCAGAUCCUUGAUGUCGUUUCAGAUUUCCUUGCCGUGGAUGCCAUUUCAGGUUUAUUACCCUUGGUUCCAGGUGUUUCUGUGAUAGGCAUGGAGUGUGUUCACAGCCUGUGUCCUCAAGAUUUGAGGAUGCAAGCAGGAAGUUGGUGGCCACCAAGAAGACAAAAAAAGUCGCUAGAGUCCAUCAACUCGCGGCUCCAGCUGGUGAUGAAGAGCAGAAGAUACGUGCUGGGCUGCAAGCAGUCCCUGAAGAUGAUCUGACAGGGCUAGGUGAAGCUGGUCAUCCUCGCCAACAACUGCCCGGCCUUGAGGAAAUCUGAAAUAGAGUGUUACGCCACGUUGGCCCAAACUGGUGUCCAUCACUACAGUAAUAAUAUAGAAUUGGGCACAGUGUGUGGAAAGUACUACAGAGCAUGCAUGCUUUCUAUCAUUGAUCCUGGUGACUCUGAUAUUAUUAGAAGCAUUCUAGAACAGACUGGUGAAAAGUAAAUCCUGAAAUUUUUCCUUUAAUAAAACCUGCCAGAGCUUGUGUUAAAAAA